CUCACCACCAUCACCACCACCUUGAAGUUGAAGUUGAAGUUGAAGUUGUCGUCGUCGUCGUCGUGCCGCGUCUCUACUCUGCCUGGGCUUGUGUCGGCUUCCGGUUGUGUGUGUGGAAGAAGAGGGCUCAAACGGAAAAGUGCAAGGAGCCCAAGACGAGCGGGGCUUACCUAAGCGACUACGAAGCGGGCAGUGACGACAGUAACUCGAACUCCAGUACCUACUACAGGUCGUGCCUGCCUGACUGAUCUCAGCCCAACUGGACUUGCAUCGCGACUGCCUCCGCAGCAACUUGGAACAUUCUACUACUCGCAGGCAGAUACAGAGUCAGAUACACCACUCGCCCGUUCAGCUACCAUACCUUACUACACGACACCGGGCAUCCGUCACCACCCGCCCUCCACACCACAACCCACCACGACACACACCAAUACCCUCGCUCGCUCGCGCGCAGGCGCUGCAGCUCGGGAUCAGCUGAGGCGCACCAUAUUCUCAGAGAGGUGUGCUCGUCUGUCCGGUGUGCAAUUGUCGCGCAGAGCAGAACAUCCACUGCCUGAUCUCACCUACCUGGACAUCGAACGACGAGACUCGAAACAUCCCACUACUCCCACCAUUACCACCACACCUGCGAAAGAAAAAUAACGACCGCUUCGGGACCGACCGACUCUGGCUGGGUCCGCCACCGCCAGUAGCCAUGUCCACGCGCGGUACUCGCACCGUCUACCGCGAGACAGACAUUGAGCGCGAUUCCGAACCCAGGAACUCGUAUACCACGAUCAAGCGAUACAAGGUGCCCGAGUCCAUCGCUCGCUCCGUCUACGAUAACGACGAUGAGGCUGUGGACAAAAAGAUUGUGAUCAAGCGCACCGAGCGCCGCGACUCUUCUCCUUCGGCCCAUUCGAACCACACUCAUCGCACCCACCGGACUCAUCGCCCCCAUUAUGGACACUAUGACGAUACGGAGUGGAAGAUCAAGGAGACGACCCGUGAAACGAGAGCGCCCAGCGUGCAUACUCACCGAGAGCACGACGAUCUGGAUAUUCGAUUCACCAAGACUACCGCUGAGCGCGGGAGAGACCCUUCGCCAAGAAGAGAUGUUCGCUACAGAGUCGUGCAUCGCGACUAUUCUCCAGAACACGAGCGAUCCAGAAGUGAGUACAGGGUUGUGGAGCGCGAGACAGAGGUCAUACGAGCGCCUUCGCCGCCGUCUCCCGAGCGCACUCAAACCCGCGAAUGGCGAUUUGAGCGGGAAAGAUCCUUCUCUCCGCCUCAGCGUGAGCGUGAAAGGCCUUAUGACAUUGAGCGCUACAGCAAGAGUACCGAGUAUUUCCAGCCAGCUCCCGCCCCGCAGCCCAUCAUCAUCCGCGAAUCGACUCCCCAACCACCAGUCAUCAUUCGCGAAGAGCGCCGAGAGGCAGCGCCCAUCAUCAUUCGCGAGGAGCGUCGUGAACCGCAAAGGAUCAUUAUCAAGCGAGAGGAGCCCCAGUACGAGUUUGUGGAGCGCGAGGAGGUUCGUGAUGAGACUACGACUCUGGUCAAGAAAGAAGAAUCGCCGCCGCCGCCUCCUCCACCAGCCCCAGAGCCGGAAAAGAAGCCUGAAGAUGACUACUUCUAUGAAAGAAGGAUCAUUGAGAGGCGAAGACGGAGCGACAGCUACGACCGUAAAACGGAGGUUCGACCUCGCGACAGUGCUUCGCAAGGUUACCACAGCGACGACAGCUACGAGUACGUUCGACAUGAGACGAGGUACGGAUCUGACGACGACGACAAAGGCAGUCGCCGGCGUCAUCUUGCUGGUGGCGCUCUUGCUGGAAUCGGAGCAGCUGAGAUCCUCAGACACCACAGGAAAUCGCAAGGUGAGCAUGUAGGCGGUCAACUUGGCACUGUGGCUGGUGGCGCUGCAUUGGGUGCAGUUGGGGCCGAGGCUAUCAAGCGUGUGCGUAGCAUGUCUCGACGAAGGCGGCGCUCUGGCAGUCGUUCGUAUAGUGGCGAGCGAGCUCAUGGUGAGAGACGCCACAGAAGACAGCGCUCGAGAGAAAGGUCGGAAGAUCGUGGUUUCUCGUUUGACCACCUGACUGGUGGUCAGAAGGCACUUGGAGGUCUGGCCGCAAUCGCCGCUGCCGCUGCUGCUGGUUAUGCCAUCAAGAACCGCAACAAAGAGACGGUGAUUGUAAACGAUCGAGUGCACCAUCGCAGCCGCUCACGGAGACGACGUCAUAGCGCUGACGGUUAUGGAUCUGACGGUACGGAGCAUCGCGACCCUGGUCAUCGCAACCGUCGCAUUGCACAGGCAGGUCUGGCAUCUGCUGCAGCUGCUGGCAUAUUCGAAAAGGUCAGAUCUCGUAGCAGGAGUGGCCGCGAUCGUAGCAAGUCGCGCGUCCGUACAGGAGUGCCCAUCGCUGCAGCGGGUCUGGGUGGAGCUGCCCUAGCAGGUCUGUACGAGAAGAAUAAGGCGAACAAGGAGGCAAAGAAGGAAAUGGUCAUCGAGGACGAGUUGAACAGAGGAAGACAUAGAAGCCGCUCCAGGAGCCGCUCUCGACGCCCUAGCAUGGUCGCUUAUGGCGACGAACCCAUUGAGCAUGGUGAUCGUGGCUACUACAGCGACGAGGAACCUGGGAGAUACCGCCGUCGCGGUGGCAGCCACAGCAGCAGUCCUGAUACACGCCACCGCAGCAAGAGUCGUAGGAGUCGUAGCCGCCGUGGUCUUGCCAGCGCGGGUGCUUUGGGAGCUGCAGGUGUUGGCGCAGUCGCCGCCCAUGAGUGGAGCAAGCGGCGCGAGCGUAGCAGAUCGCGCAGCCGCUCAAGGUCGAGACAUGGCGAUAGACGCCGCGAUGAUGAUGACUACUACGAUGACAGACGCGACGACCACUACGGCGCACCACCUAUGAACAGUUCUGAUCCUUACAACAACAAUCCUUACCAACAAGGAGGGCAGCAAUACCCAUCCAGCAACUAUUUCCCCCCACCACCGAACGCUGACUACACUCAACCACGAGGAAACAUCGAGCCCCAGCCUGAGUAUGCCCAUGCCCAUGCUCCAUACAACCCUGCCGAGUACGCCAAUCAGCCAGCCACUCAGCAGCCGUACGAUCCUCAAUAUGGCGGCUAUGGCGAACCAUACCCAAGCGAUCCAUACGCGGGCGACCAGCGAUACCCUCACGAUCCCCACGCAGACGAUGGGCGCAGAGGGAGAGAUCCUGAGAAUGUGAGUGCGCCACCGCCCAGCGUCGCAGAAUAUCAGCAACAUCAACAGAAUCAUCAGCAACAUGUACAGCAAGAGCGCGAAUCUCAGGACGGCGGAGGAGAUGGUGUAAUGACUCCCCGUCCACGCUCUUCCAGUCGAGUGCGAUUCGAUCUGGAAUCCAAUAUCGCCCACUCGCCAGACUCAUCUCGUCGCAAGGAUGAUGCAAAGCGCGAUGAUCCUUCCGAGCAGCGGCACAGUGACACCGAGACCAGCGACGAUCGCAAACACCGCCGCCGGCACCGUAAGAAAGGCAAGGAGCGAGCGCAUGACGACGAUGAUGGUGACCGACCCCGUGAUCGCGACCGCCACAGAAGUGAUGCAGACGAUCGCAAGCGCGGUAGCACUGGUCUAAUGCACGACAAAUACGAUCGUGGACGAGCCGAGGACGAAGAUAGCGUCAUUGACCUUCCCGAUCGUUUUGACAAGCACGGCAACCCCAAGCCAGAAGAUCCUCUUGCCGCCAAGAUUAAUGAUCUGCUUAGUGGUCGUGGUGGGGGAGGAGACCUCAUCAAGACUCUUGCAGAAGGGUUCCUGGGUGGCGGAGGUAGUACCAGUGACAAUCAUGGUGGCGCUGAUGAGGAGGAAGGCCGUAGGAGGCGAAGACGCUCAGACAGGUGAUUGAUGAGAUAUCGUGGAUUGAUGAGAUAUCGUGGAUUGAUGAGAUAUCGUGGAUUGGCUGAUGAUCAUCAAUUGAUUAAUCGAUUAGAGGAGCUGGUAUUCUUCUCGGCGGUCUCUUGGUAAUGCUUAUUGGUUCUUGGAUUUCUUUCACGAUGACACGACCAUGAUUCUUACGAAACCCAAGUGUACGUAUGCGGUGAUGCAGAUAUAGGUUGUAGCAAAAGUCCCAUAAUUUUGGGACUCAACAGUCUUGAUAAAGGAAAAAAAAAACGCAUUGU